AUGUAUGUCAAACAGAUUAUCAUCCAAGGCUUUAAGAGCUACAAGGAUCAAACUGUCAUCGAGCCUUUUUCUCCCAAGCAUAAUGUCAUCGUUGGCCGCAAUGGUUCCGGCAAAAGUAAUUUCUUUGCAGCCAUUCGCUUCGUUCUCAGUGAUGCCUACACCCACCUCGGUCGAGAGGAGCGACAAGCUCUUCUUCACGAAGGAUCUGGCUCAGCCGUGAUGUCAGCCUACGUGGAGAUUAUCUUCGAUAACUCGGACGAUCGAUUUCCUACCGGCAAGCCAGAGCUGGUACUCCGUCGUACGAUCGGUAUUAAGAAGGAUGAAUACACACUGGAUCGGAAGAACGCUACCAAGAACGAUGUGAUGAACCUCCUCGAAUCCGCCGGUUUCUCUCGGUCUAACCCAUACUACAUCGUCCCUCAAGGACGAGUGACCGCAUUGACAAACAUGAAAGACUCGGAACGCCUGGUGCUACUCAAAGAGGUGGCAGGUACCCAGGUCUAUGAAGCCCGUCGCGCGGAGUCCCUUAAGAUCAUGCACGAGACCAACAGCAAGCGGGCCAAGAUUGAUGAGCUAUUGGACUACAUUAAUGAGCGUCUGGCUGAACUUGAGGAGGAAAAGGAUGAGCUCCGAAACUAUCAAGACAAAGACAAAGAACGCCGUUGCCUCGAGUAUACAAUUUAUUCUCGUGAACAGCAUGAGAUUGCGACUGUGCUUGAAAGCUUAGAGGAACAGCGACAGAAUGGAGUUGAAGAUGCCGAUAACAAUCGUGACCAGUUUAUUGACGGUGAAAAGGCUAUGGCGCAGAUCGAUGCUGAAAUCGCCGAGUGCCGUCAGCAGAUGGAGUUCUUGAAGGUUGACAAAUCUCAGCUAGAGGAUGAGCGUCGUCAAGCUUUCAAGGCAUUGGCGCAGAUUGAACUGCAAGCUAAGUCCCUUGCUGAUAACCAAGCUGCUGCGCAGGCUCUCAAGUCACGUCAUGACAAUGAUUUCAACGCCGUUCAAAAGGCCAUUCAAGAGCGCGAGUCGGAGCUCCAGACACUUCUGCCCGAUUUCAAUGCCGCCAAGGACCAGGAGGAUACUGUCAAGGCUCAACUGACCGAGGCAGAGACAUCACGUCAACGACUGUACGCUAAGCAGGGCCGGAAUUCGCGAUUCAAGAAUAAGUCAGAGCGAGACAAAUGGCUUCAAAUGGAGGUCCGGGAGGGUAAUCGGUCGAUCACUACUGUUGAAGGUGUUGUGGCACAGACAAAAGAAGACAUCAACGAUCUAGAAAAAGAGAUCGCCUCGCUCGAGCCAGAAACCGAGCGGCUACGCCAGCAGAUUGAUGGACGUGGAGAUACAAUGCAUUCUGUGGACGAGCAGGUUCAAACUGCCAAGGAUGAGCGGGAUCGAUUGAUGGACCAGCGAAAGGAGCUUUGGCGAGAAGAAGCAAAGUUGGACUCUAUUUUGUCCAGUGCCUCCCAAGAAAUGGACCGCGCCGAGCGCAGUCUUUCGCAUAUGAUGGAUCAGAAUACCAGCCGUGGUCUUGCCGCCGUGCGGAGGAUCAAGCGCCAGCAAAACCUUGAUGGUGUGUAUGGCACUUUGGCUGAGCUUUUUGAAGUGAACGAUCGAUACCGGACGGCCGUGGAAGUUACAGCUGGUCAAAGUUUGUUUCACUAUGUCGUUGAUACCGACGAGACCGCGACUAAGGUCUUGGAGGCUUUGCAGAAAGAUAAAGCAGGCCGUGUAACCUUCAUGCCCUUGAAUCGGCUGCGCUCCAAACCCAUGAAUCUGCCUCGUGCUAGCGAUACUAUUCCUAUGAUCGAAAAAAUCCAGUUCGAUCCCGCUUACGAACGGGCCUUCCAGCAUGUAUUCGGAAAGACCAUUAUUUGCCCUAACCUGCAGGUUGCUUCGCAAUAUGCCCGCAGCCACGGCGUCAAUGCUAUCACUCCUGAUGGUGAUCGAUCUGACAAGCGUGGUGCUCUGACUGGUGGUUUCCAUGACUCCCGUCAAUCGCGACUUGAAGCGGUGAAGAAUGUUGGCAAGUGGCGCGAUGAAUACGAGGUCAAGCGAAACCGUGGAACAGAGAUUCGCAAGGAGCUGGAGAAGCUGGAUCAGUUGAUCACCAGGGCCGUUGGUGAGCUACAAAAGCUUGAGCAGCAGCGACACCAGGUGCAGAACAGCAGUGGUCCCAUGCGGCAAGAGCUGCGCAGCAAACGUGAUCUAUUGCAAAACAAGAAUGACACAUUGGACGCUAAGCGCCGUGCACUUCGUAAUGUCGAAGCUAACCUUGCAGCUUUGAAUGAUCAAGUUGAUGCUUUCCAAACUGAGCUGAACUCGCCCUUCCAAAAGUCCCUUACCGACGAGGAGGAAGCCCACUUGGAGAGCCUGAGUGGAACCGCUCAGGACCUGCGUCGGCAUUACCAAGAGCUCUCCAGCAAGCGCAGUGAGCUUGAAGCCCGCAAGUCCGUCCUGGAAGUUGAGCUUCGAGAGAAUCUUAAUCCUCGUCUCGAUCAGCUUAUGAACCGGGACAUGGACCUGGCAGAUGACGAGGUGCAGGGCAAUCUAAAGGAGACCCAACGCGAGCAGAAGCGCCUCACUAAAGCGCUCGAGAAACUAAACGUACGGCUUCAGCAAGUUGAUACGUCUAUUGAAGAGGCGAAUACCCGAGUCGGUGAACUCGAACAACGCAACGUCGAGACCCGACGCGAGUUGGAGGACCUGGCUCGCUCUAUCGAGAAAUACCAGCGUCGUAUGGAAAAGAGCAUGCAAAAGAAGGCAGCUCUCACCAAGCAAGCUACUGAAUCUGCUGCGAACAUCCGUGAUUUGGGUGUCCUUCCUGACGAAGCUUUCACCAAGUACAAGAAUACCGACUCGAACGCUGUGGUUAAGAAGUUGCACAAGACAAACGAGGCUUUAAAGAAGUACUCGCACGUCAACAAGAAAGCGUUUGAGCAGUACAACAGCUUUACCAAGCAGCGAGAAACGCUCACAAAUCGCCGGGAAGAGCUAGACGCGUCUCAGAAAUCCAUCGACGAUUUGAUUUCCGUUCUGGAUCAGCGCAAAGACGAAGCGAUCGAGCGAACCUUCAAGCAGGUCUCCCGCGAAUUCGCCAACGUGUUUGAGAAGCUGGUCCCCGCCGGUCGUGGUCGUCUUAUUAUUCAGCGCAAGACCGACCGCAAUGCACGACCCGAGGAGGAUGUGGACUCAGACGACGAGGCAGCCCGGCAGAGCGUGGAGAACUACGUUGGUGUGGGUAUCAGUGUGAGCUUCAAUAGCAAGCACGAUGAUCAGCAGCGCAUCCAGCAGCUGAGUGGUGGACAAAAGAGUUUGUGCGCUCUGGCCCUAGUCUUUGCUAUUCAGGCCUGUGAUCCGGCACCAUUCUACCUAUUCGAUGAGAUCGACGCCAAUCUGGAUGCCCAAUACCGGACGGCCGUGGCACAGAUGCUGCAGUCGAUCUCGGACUCUACAAAUGGACAGUUCAUCUGCACUACUUUCCGACCGGAGAUGCUGCAUGUGGCCGAGAAGUGCUAUGGUGUUAGUUUCCGACAGAAGGCCAGUACCAUUGACGUGGUGUCACGGGAAGAGGCCUUGAAGUUUGUAGAGGAGCAGAAGUCUUGA